AUGGCCACCGUGGAAGAGAUUAUUUUUGUAGGUACAGGCACUUCGAGUUCUGUACCUGUCAUAUCUUGCCUUACCAGCCCUAAAAGGGAUUGUAAGGUUUGCCUUUCAACUCUAACACCUGAAGGAAGGAAAAAUAUCAGAAAAAAUACUUCUUUACUGGUUCGAUUCCGUAAACAUGCUGAUCCUCCAGGUGCUCGCUUAGAAAUGUACUCAUCGAUUGCGGCAAAACGUUCAGUGUAA